ACGCCCUUCUAUGACACAAUACAAAAAAGUUUGGUGAAGAAAAAUUCUAUCACGGAAGAGAUUCUUUUGAGUGCAACUAGUUGAUCAAGUUUGAGCCUUUAGAAGAGUGCCUGAGAGUCUGGGAGAGACAGAGAGCCUGGACAAGAUCAUUUAAAUCGAACACAUUUGUUUUUUGCUCAAUCACAAUCUAACGUAGCUAUGGAGUCGGCCAUCCAGACAGUGGUAGGAGUGUAUCUGAAGUCUGCCAAAGGGAAGGGCAGUCUAGGAGAAAAGGACUUCCAGGGCCUCGUCAAGAAACAGCUGGGCAACAUCAUGACUGGAACAGAAAGUUCCUCUGCGGUGAAAGAGAUGCGUCAGGGAUUGGACGAGAACGACGAUGGGAAGGUCAGCUUCAAGGAAUACAUGACUCUGAUUGGCUACCUGGCAAACACCCUCAGCGAGCAGAGGACUGCAGCCAACACCACACCUGCCUCAUAGGAACUACAUAUGGCUUCAUAGGCACUCUAUAAGACGUCUUAUGCAUUCUAUAAGGCAGGGUUCUUCAAUCCUGGUCCUAGUGACCCACAGGGUGUGCAGGCUUUAGUUCCAUUCCAGCACUGACACACCAGAUUAAACUCAUAAAGGCUUUGAUGGGUUUGAGUUGAUUAUAGUGUGUGGGACCACAGGACCAGGCUUGAAGAACACUGCCAUACGGCUCCAUGUACCUAUAGAGGCUCAUAGACCUGUCAUGGACUGUCAAUCUCCCUUGUUGGCUGUAUAUCACUACAUCAUCACACUGGUAACUUCUACUCAACAUAUUUUAUAUGCUUACAAUACACUACCAAUAUUUUAUAAAUACUUUAUCGAGGCAUUUUUAACAUUAAGUUCAACAGUUCUUUUAAAAAAAAUAACUACUCAAAAUCGACACUAAAUGGUUUAUUAUCAUGUUGAAAUAAAUGCCAUGCCAACGUUUUAAA